CCAUUACCCCUGACCUCAUAGCUCAGCCUCCUGAACCUGGGAGGGGUUAGCACGUAGCUGGAUAUAGAAGCUGUUAGGCAGCAGCAGCAGCUACUAUCUAUCCGGUCUCCUUCUUAUGCGAUAUAUAACAGGAUCAGAUCCCCUGUAGCCGGUUGUAGUUGUUGUCCCCGACGAUCCGUAUGGAUCUGUUCCCUAUACCGUAGCAUGGUGCAGAGGGGCACAACAAUAGCGCACGCAGUAAAUAGCCGGCUGUAGACGGGGUAGCCUGCACUUUACUAUCCACCCCAAGGGAUGAUGUAUACUUUCGUGGUGAGGGAUGAGAACAGCACAGUGUAUGCUGAAGUGUCCAAGAUCCUCCUGGCCACGGGACAAUGGAAGCGACUGAAGAAGGACAAUCCCAGGUUUAAUCUCAUGCUGGGGGAGAGGAACAGGCUGCCAUUCGGGAGGUUGGGUCAUGAACCUGGCAUUGUACAGCUAGUAAAUUAUUAUCGUGGAGCAGAUAAGCUUUGUCGUAAGGCUUCAUUGGUAAAAUUAAUCAAAACAAGUCCUGAGCUUUCUGGUUCCUGCACAUGGUUCCCAGAAUCAUAUGUGAUUUACCCAACCAAUCAGAAGUCUCCCGUGGCAAAAGGAAGGAAUGGUCUUCAAGAUCUUAUCAACAGUACCCGCACAGAUGAACGAGAAGAGUUCCUAGAAUCAUUCAAUGGAAGGAAAGAGAGUGAAAAAGGAAAUGUAUGGAUAGCGAAGUCUUCUUCAGGUGCCAAAGGAGAAGGAAUUCUUAUAUCCUCUGAUGCAACACAACUUCUCGACUUCAUAGACAAUCAAGGCCAAGUUCAUGUAAUACAGAAAUACCUAGAAAACCCACUGCUUCUGGAACCAGGACACCGCAAAUUUGACAUCAGGAGUUGGGUCCUUGUGGACAAUCAGUAUAACAUUUUCCUCUACCGUGAGGGAGUCUUAAGGACGUCCUCUGAACCAUACAAUGACUCAGACUUUCAAGACAUGACAAGCCACUUAACCAAUCACUGCAUUCAGAAGGAACAUUCGAAAAACUACGGGAGAUAUGAGGAUGGAAAUGAGAUGUUCUUUGAAGAGUUCAAUCAGUACCUUAUGACCUCCUUAAAUAUCAAUCUAGAAAAUAGCAUCCUUUACCAGAUAAAGCAAAUAAUAAGAGUCUGUCUGACUUGUAUAGAACCUGCAAUCAGCACAAAGCAUCUGCCUUACCAGAGUUUUCAGCUCUUUGGCUUUGACUUUAUGGUGGAUGAAGAUUUGAAGGUUUGGUUACUUGAAGUCAAUGGUGCCCCUGCCUGUGCACAGAAGCUGUAUGCAGAACUUUGCCAAGGCAUUGUGGAUCUAGCUAUCUCCUCUGUCUUUCCUCUUAGUGACAUUGUACAGAAGCAGACGCAGGACAAUACGUUCAUCAAACUCUGAAGACUCUGCCUUACAUUAUACCCACCCAAGCACUGCUGCCACAUAUUACUGUUUGAUAUCCAGAUAAAUUAUCCCGCCCACUAUCAUGCCAAGUAAUUGGUAAUUGCACUGGAUAGAAUGAGACCAUGGAAAGCGAAGAUGAGGCAAAAAUGCUUUUAUGAUUUUACACACUAAGCAGUAUGUUUGUUUUUAUAUAUAAAUAUAUAUAAAUUAUUAUUUUUUAUUUAACUGUAAAUGAAGGAGCCUUUUUUUUAUGAAUGUUUAGCGCUUGAAUGUUUUCUUGUCUAUACAUUUUUACAAACCUAUAUGAAGUAAAAGCCUUAAGAAAGCAAAAAAAAAAAUCA